UGGCGCGUACGGCAGUGUGUCCCCGGCGCAGGUCUGACAUACGGUAGUGAGGCAGGGCAGCUCCAGCUCGCAGUAACUUUGACUCGCGGCGGCGGAGGACGGCGCGGACAUGGAUGUUGGGGAGUUACUCAGCUAUCAGCCUGACAGAGGUGCAAAACGUCCCCGUGGUGUUGAUGAAGAUGAUGAAGAUUUAAAAACAUCGCACAAGCACGGCUCGGGUAAAAGAAGUUAUGAAGAGAGUGGAAAUAUGGUUGAUGAUGAGGAAGAAGUAGGCAAGAAGAAAAUACUUGAUUUAAUGGAAAAUGAUGAGGCUGAACCUUUGGAUGAAAGCUCAGUGAAGAAGAUGAUCCUGACAUUUGAAAAAAGGGCCUAUAAAAAUCAGGAGCUCCGUAUCAAGUUCCCAGAGAACCCAGAGAAGUUCAUGGAGUCGGAGUUGGAUUUAAAUGAUAUAAUACAGGAGAUGCAUGUGAUUGCCACUAUGCCAGACCUGUAUCACUUACUUGUGGAACUCAAUGCUGUUCAGUCCCUGAUUGGUCUUCUUGGCCAUGAAAAUACUGAUGUUUCCAUUGCGGUGGUUGACUUGCUGCAGGAGCUUACAGAUAUAGACACCCUGCAUGAGAGUGAAGAAGGAGCAGAGGUUCUCAUAGAUGCUUUGUUGGAAGGACAAGUGGUGGCACUGCUGGUUCAGAACCUGGAACGAUUGGAUGAGACAGUGAAGGAAGAAGCAGAUGGCGUUCACAAUACAUUAGCUAUUAUAGAGAACUUAGCUGAAUUUCGCCCUGAAAUGUGCACUGAAGCAGCUCAACAAGGUCUUCUGCAGUGGAUGCUGAAGCGAAUAAAGGCCAAGAUACCUUUUGACGCCAACAAGCUCUACUGCAGUGAAAUUCUUGCCAUCUUGCUUCAGAAUAAUGAUGUCACCAGGGAACUACUCGGUGAUCAGGAAGGGAUUGAUGUACUUUUGCAACAACUAUCGUUAUUCAAACGUCAUAAUCCCAGUACAAACGAGGAGCUUGAGAUGAUGGAGAACCUGUUCGAUAGUCUUUGCUCGUGCUUGAUGUUGAGCUCCAAUAGGGAUCGUUUCCUGAAGGGGGAAGGGCUCCAGCUUAUGAACUUAAUGCUCAGGGAAAAGAAGAUGUCUCGCGCCAGUGCUUUAAAGGUGUUGGACCAUGCUGUGAUCGGCCCUGAAGGGUCCGAUAACUGUCACAAGUUUGUAGAUAUCCUUGGACUGAGGACAAUAUUUCCCCUUUUUAUGAAAACACCAAAAAAAAUGAAGAAAGCUGGAAUGACAGAAAAAGAACAUGAAGAGCACGUUUGUUCGAUUCUUUCUUCCAUGCUUCGAAACUUAAAAGGUCAACAGCGAACACGACUGCUUAACAAAUUCACAGAAAAUGACUGUGAAAAGGUCGAUCGACUGAUGGAGCUGCAUUUUAAGUAUCUGGAAGCUGUGCAGAUAGCUGACAAAAAGAUUGAAGGAGAAAAACAUGAUAUGGUCCGUCAAGGGGAAAUAAUUGAUGACGAUAUGGAAGAUGAAUUUUACCUGAGGCGUUUGGAUGCUGGCCUCUUCGUCCUUCAGUUAGUUUGUUACAUUAUGGUGGAGACCUGCAGUGCUGGAAUCCCUCAGAUAAAGCAGCGUGUGCACCAGAUUCUGAAUAUGCGAGGUGGUUCGACCAAAGUGGUUCGACAUAUCUUGAGAGAGCAUGCUGAAAAUAUUGGUGAUGGGAAGAAUGAUGAUUUUAAAGAGGGUGAACAGAAAAGAAUCCUCAGCCUCCUUGAAAAUUUCUGAGUUGAGAGAGUAUCAUUAAGGUCUGCAGCUGCUAGAGAUGCUUGAAGAGAUGCUGUCUUAGCCUUCAGUCUGAAGUGGUCCAGUGCACGCUCUGAUCUGCAUUGUAAUUUGAACAUUUACGGUGGAAUUGAUUUGAACAGACUUGUGAGAGAAGCCAUUUCCCAAUAAGGAUGAUGCUGAUGAAGCAGCAUGUUAUUUCAUUGACUAAAGAUCACCAUACGUGAUGAUAAUUACAAUUAAAUGACACUCAGCUGUAUUUUUGAAGUUGCAAGCCCCUCUGACCUGCUUCAAAUACUUGUCAUUACCAAAACCAAAUUAAUUUUAUCCAAGUAUUGUCCAAUGUUGUAGAAUAUAUAAUAAGACAAAUGCAAUUUGUAGAAAGCAGUUGGCAUUUAUUCACAAACAAGUCUCCUGGGUACUAAUUGAAAAUGUGUCUGGUUUGCAUCUUUAAAUAUGUUGGCUGUGAUGUACAUCUGCUUGUUCUACUUUCCACCUCCAAAGCAGGUAAAUUUUCAAAGCUGCAGUUCCAUCUUGCAUUUUAGUGAAGUGUAUAUUGGUUGUUUAAAUAUAAAGGUUGUUUUUAUAUUAA